ACGCGCUUUCUCGUUCGGGCUGUGCGAGCGCCCAGCUGUGUGGCAGCUGUGUUGAAAGCGGCGUUCGUCUUUCACCAGAGGAAAGACACCACGAGAAAGACUGAGAGGCUGUCACUCGCAACAUGCCUAAGAAGAAGCCCGUCCCGAUCCAACUGAACCAGUAUGGUAGCAACGUGAACUGCAGCAACGCCGGCGAUGCCAAUCUGGAAGCCCUGCAAAAGAAGCUGGAGGAGCUGGAACUUGAUGAGCAGCAGCGUAAACGUCUGGAGGCCUUCCUCACCCAGAAGCAGAAAGUCGGAGAACUAAAGGAUGAUGAUUUUGAGAAGAUCUGUGAAUUGGGAGCUGGCAAUGGUGGUGUCGUCAUCAAAGUGUCCCACAGACCCUCUGGUCUCAUCAUGGCUAGAAAGUUAAUCCAUUUGGAGAUAAAGCAGGCCAUAAGGAAUCAGAUCAUUCGGGAACUGCAGGUGCUGCAUGAGUGCAACUCCCCUUACAUCGUUGGCUUUUACGGUGCUUUUUACAGUGAUGGCGAGAUCAGUAUUUGCAUGGAGCACAUGGAUGGUGGUUCCUUGGACCAAGUCCUGAAAAAAGCAGGAAAAAUCCCUGAGCAGAUUUUAGGGAAGGUGAGCAUCACGGUGAUCAAAGGACUGACUUACCUACGUGAGAAACACAAGAUCAUGCAUCGAGAUGUGAAGCCAUCCAACAUCUUGGUGAACGCACGUGGAGAGAUCAAGUUGUGUGACUUUGGUGUCAGCGGGCAGCUCAUUGACUCCAUGGCCAACUCCUUUGUUGGAACGCGUUCCUACAUGUCGCCGGAGAGACUGCAGGGCACACAUUACUCUGUCCAGUCUGAUAUAUGGAGCAUGGGGCUAUCUCUGGUGGAGAUGGCCAUUGGGCGAUAUCCCAUCCCCCCUCCUGAUGUCAAGGAGCUGGAACAGAUUUUUGGUUGUCCCUUAGAAGGAGACGCUCCAUCUUGUGAAGUUUCACCCAAGCCCAGGCCUCCUGGACGCCCUGUAAGCUCAUUUGGUCAGGACAGCAGACCGCCAAUGGCUAUCUUUGAACUUCUGGACUACAUCGUAAACGAGUCCCCACCAAAGCUACCAACCAUCUUCAGUCCAGAUUUCCAAGAUUUUGUUAACAGAUGCCUCAUCAAGAACCCUGCUGAAAGAGCGGAUUUAAAUCAACUUAUGGUCCACUCCUUUAUCAAAGAGGCAGAGGCAAUGGAAGUAGAUUUCGCAGGAUGGCUUUGUUCAACUAUUGGACUAAAGCAACCAAGUACUCCAACACACAACACUGGAGUGUAACAGCGGUCCUGCUGCAGUAAAAAGAAACGUCAGCACCAAGUGGGACUUUGGCCAGUUCUGCAGCACUGUUGCAUGUAUGACAUUUC